UCGGCUAUCAUGAUAAUGUUACAGCCACUACUACAGAUCUAGAGCGAUUCAUUCGCUGAACAUGUCUUGAUAUUCGACCAAUUCCAUCCUGCUCGCAUUCGACCAUCACGAUUAUUCUCCCGUAGUUGGUGAGUCGCAGAGGCUGUCAAACUGUCUUCUUCAAACGACUAAAAAGAAAGUCAUUCAAGAUGGAGGUCUCAGAACGAGCUCAUACACCGUACCUUCCCCUGGAGCUCUGGCUCGCUGUCUUCGAUAUGAUAGUGAAUGACUGCUACCUUUGGCUUUAUCUUGAUGCAGACGUGACGAAGCGAAUCACCCUUCAUGCUCUCUGUCUGACAUGCAGCGCUUGGGUUCCCUACGUUAGGGCGGGUUUAUACAGGGAUAUCAAGAUCGAGAGUACGACGCAAAGUCAGAAGCUCACGCGGACCCUGAUGCACUUCAGACCGAAGAAUGCCGAGUACAUCGAGACCCUGGAAUAUAUGUUUCCUGGCGAAGGACAGAUCUCAAGCUCCAUACUUCCACCGGUGAAGUUCCCCAAUCUCAGGACUCUGGCACUUGAAUUUUACGAAGGACAGCAGUUUGGCAACUUCAAUUUAAAUGUUGCCAGGUCGCUCAGACACCUUCUCCCGGCACUUGAAGAGCUUUCCAUCGAUUCAUUUGUGGAGGAGAAAGGGCCUGUCUCUCAGUUUCUUAGACUGGUUCAUGCUUUCCCCGGGAUCAAGAAGCUCAAAGUGAUGCAUGUUCCUCCCUUUACCCCACCUGCCCAAUAUACAAGAGUCUGCAAAGGAAAGCUGGGACCCAGUUUAUGUGAACUGGAGAUGCAGGAGUCAGGUGCAAGUGAUAGCAGUGCCUUUCUCAGCUAUCUCAUACAGAACACCAAUACCCCCCACACUCUGCAUACCCUCCAUAUAACUGUGACAAGGUGUAUAAGUGAUGCAAUUCAGGGCUUGAAUGACUUCUUGGAAGUCUGUGGUCCAACUCUCAAAUAUUUACACUUGAAAGCUGCUAGUGGUUCAUGGCUACCCAUGAGUGAAAGAACCAGGAACUAUGUUGUUGAUCUGCAACAUAACUACAAGUUGGGUCACCUGAGAUUGGACCUGUACAGAGUUUUCCAUGAUGAGACGUUAUCAUGGUACUUGGAUAUACUGGCAACUGUCAGGGCUGGCAAUCUUGUGGUGGAGUUGGACAAAGUGGAAGUAGAAGUGGAUUCCACCAACACCUUGGAGCCUGCACUUCUCAAUAUGAAUGUCAGCAAACUCACAGUCAGAGCAGGUCUUUCACCAUUUGUUGGGCAAUCCAAACCAAGGAUAUGGGAAAUGUUUCCUAAAAUUCACAAACUUGGCAUUUUGGAAGGACAUUCAAUGCAUGCCUUAGAGGAGACAGGAUAGUUGAGGAGGUGUUCCAUACAACAUAGCAGUGUAUUUUUGAUAGUCCUAGAAUUACUAUUAUUAUACACAAGUUACAUUGGUAUUUUGCUUGAGUUGAGCCAGAGAUACACAAUAUAAGUAGACAUCAUCC